AUGCCGCACUGUCCUGAUCUGGAGCGACGGCUCUGCCGUGGCGUGCGGCACUCGGUCGCGGACCUCACCUAUGCGCAGGUUGCUGCUGGAUUUACCCACGCCGUUCUGCUCAGGAGCGACGGCUCCGCCGUGGCACGCGGCGACAAUGCGACGCGUCAGUGCGACCUCCCUGCGCUGCAUGCAGACCUCACCUACGCGCAGGUUGCCGCUGGAUCAUGCCACAGCGUUUUGCUCAGGAGCGACGGUUCCGCCGUGACCUGUGGCCUGAAUGAUACUUGUCAGUGCGACCUCCCAGGGUUGCCCGGGGACGUUACGAGCGACGGCUUCGCCGUGGCCUGUGGCAACAAUGAUUUCGGUCAGUGCGAUUUGCCCGUGCUGGUCUCGGGCCUCACUUGCAUGCGGGUUGCCGCCGGAUCCUACCACGCCAUCCUGCUCAGGGGCGACGGCGCCGCCGUGGCAUGCGGCCGCAAUGAAGACGGCCUAUGCGACCCCCCGGCGUUGAUCGCGGACCUCCUCUACACACAGAUUGCCGCUGGACAGCACUAUUACGCUCCAGUGUGCAGCUGGCACGGUGGCGGAUGCCGCGCCGUCCUCAUCAGGAGCGACGGCUCCGCCGUUGCGCGCGGCAGUAGUGAAGAUUGUCAAUGCGACCUUCCCGCGCUGAAUGCGGGCCUGACCUACUCGCAAGCUUUCGCUGGUUUCUUCCACGCCGUGCUGCUCAGGAGCGACGGCAUUGCCGCGACAUGUGGCCCGAAUGACAUCGGCCAGUGCGAUCUCCCAGCGUUGAUCGGCGGCCUGACUUAUACGCAGGUUGCCAUAGGGAUGUGCCACGCUGUCCUGCUCAGGAGCGACGGCGCAGCUGUGUCCUGUGGCAAGAAUAGUUUCGGUCAGUGCGACUGCUCUGCGUUGGUCGAGGGCUUCGUUUAUACAUUGGCCUUCGGCUCAUCUCGCCAUUAUUGUCGACGAGUGGGUGAGUGGUAUCUUUGCACGAGGACCCAACGCACCUAUAGCACCCAUGACACCUACAGCACUUACGGCUCUUACGGCACUUACAUCACCUACAGCACCUGCAACUCCCACGGCACCUACAGCACAUACAGCAUGGCCUACAGCACCUACUGCACCCACGGCACCCACAGCGCCUACAGCAGCCACGGCACCUACUGCUCCCACACCUACAUCACCUACGACACCUACAGCACCUCACCUACCUGCAGCACCCCCUACAGCACGUACAUCACCUACAGCACCCACGGCACCCACAUCACCUACAGCACCCACAGCACCCACGGUACCUACAUCACCUACAACACAUACAGCACCCACAGCAUCCACAGCACCCGUAUCACGUACAGCACCGUCAGCACCUACAGCACCCACGGCACCUACCGCACCCACAACACCCACAACGCCUACAUAACCUACAGCACCCACAACACCCACAGCACCACUUACAGCACCUACAGCACCCACAGCCCUUACAGCACGCGCAUUACCUACAUCACGUACACCACUUACAGCACCAGUAGCACCCGCAACACCUACAGCACUCACAGCACCUACAGCACCCACAACACCUACAGCACCCACAGCACCUACAGCACUUGCAGCACCUACAGCACCCACAGCACCUACAGCGUCUACAGCACCCACAGCACCCUGGCCGAGUUCAGCGUGGCCGAGUUCGACCGGCCGAGUGCCGCAGCACGGAUAGUGGCUGUCAUUGUUUUGGCUUCGCUGGAGGGGCUGGACAUAGGAGCCAUCGCACGGAGGGCUGGCGUGGGUGAGCAAGUGGUCACACGGGUGCAGGCUUGCAUGCCCGCGGCGACGAGCGUGGCUCCUGCUUCCUCCAGCGCCGAUGUAAAGAGAAGGAGGACGGACAUCGGAGACGACGAGGGCGUGAGUGCUAAACAUUGGCACCGACCAGUGGCUUGGAAGAGACUGGGCGAGGAGCUGGUUCGGUUAUGGGACGUCGAUUGUCAGGCGGCCGUGACAAUGGCUGCACGAGGUUACGUUGUCGUUCGCACGGGCUUGAGCAUGGCGAAGGAAGGCGGCCACGACUUCGAUGUCGACGCCCUGUCGGCCGGCACCUGGGCGUCGCAAGAGUCGCUGCGGAAGUUCAUGGCGGCGACGAACGACCAGAAGCAGUAUCGUUGCUCCACGCACGAGGUGGGCUUGCCUGUGUCCUUCCUGACGGCGCGUCAGAUGCUGAACCUCCACGAGGUCUUCAGCGCGCAUGAUCCUGUCCAGAUUCGCGUGCGGGGGUGCAUCGCGCAGUGCCGUGGGUUGGUGACGGACGAUAGGAGCAACGUGUUGGACACAUUCGACGGCGGGGACUACUUUCAGGAUUUCGAAGGGAUGGUCGCUUUCGUGCAGCGCUCUGCGGUGGGGGCGAGCUCCGGUCGCGUGGACGCGCCGGUGCUGGACUAUUGCUGGGACAGGGUGAAGAACUGGUGUGGCUUCGGCGGCGCGGGCAACGAGCCCGGAGGCAACGUGGACGGCUUCGUUGCCAAAAACGUUGCGUUUCAAGGUGUCCGGAAUAUUCUUCGCCAUUGCGGAUUUGAGCAUGGGGCCCCGGAGGCGUUCGUGUCGGGGCCCAAUCCAUGCAAGUUGGCGCGCGUGCACUGGCAGGCGCCGUCCCCGUCGCGGGAACAGCAGGUCGCCAUGUAUUCUGCCGUGCUGGAAGGCGUCGAUGACUGCGUCGUCACGUAUGGCGCGGUCUCGCGGAGGCUUCAUUCGGCCGACGCAGUUGUGCUGCGAGACAAUCUGUGCAAGGCCGUGGAAGUGUUGCAGACAGUCACUACCGGUCGUUUCUUCGGGAAAGCCCGUAAGUCGUCUUUGGCGCGGUUUGGCGUCGCCGUGGCGCCCGAGCGGGCUCUGUCCUCGCCGGAGUGCUCUGGCGACGACGAGCCCGGUUGA